CACUACCAUUACCAACCAGAGCGACAAGCCCGACCGCCCGCUUCCUUGCAAACGAAACAAAACAAAACAAUGGCGACAGCGAGUGAGAUCGCGGCGGUGGGCGUAAUAGGCGCGGGGCAGAUGGGCUCGGGCAUCGCCCAGCUCGCCGCCGCCGGAGGCUGUGCCGUACUUCUCCUCGACGCCGACCCCACUGCCCUCUCCCGUGCCGUCAUCUCCAUCUCCGCCUCCCUACGGCGCCUCGCCGCCAAGGGCCAGCUCUCCCAGGCCGCGUGCGAGGACUCAAUAAAGCGGAUAAGGUGCGUCUCCGCCGUGCAGGAUCUCAGGGACGCGGAUCUUGUGAUCGAGGCCGUCGUGGAGAACGAAGCUGUCAAGAAGAAGCUAUUCGUGGAGCUGGAUAAGGUCACGAAGCCCUCGGCCAUCCUCGCCUCCAACACGAGCUCCAUCUCCAUAACCCGCCUGGCUUCAGCUACCAAACGCCCCUCUCAGGUGAUAGGCAUGCACUUCUUCAACCCUCCUCCGGUAAUGAAACUGAUCGAGAUUAUCCGAGGAGCCGAUACGUCAGAUGAGGUGUUUGCUGCGGUCAGAUCUUUCUCCGAAAGACUCGGGAAGUCCGUUAUAUGCUCGCAAGAUUACCCAGGAUUCAUCGUGAACCGCAUCCUCAUGCCGAUGAUCAACGAGGCCUUCUGGGCUCUGUACACCGGAGUGGCAACCAAAGAGGACAUCGACGCAGGGAUGAAGCUGGGCACGAACCACCCGAUGGGCCCUCUGCAGCUCGCCGACUUCAUCGGCCUGGACGUCUGCCUCUCAGUACUUCGGGUACUCCACAGCGGCCUGGGAGAUAGCAAGUACAGCCCCUGCCCUCUCCUCGUUCAGUACGUCGAUGCUGGCCGGCUUGGGAAGAAGCGUGGAGUAGGCGUGUAUUCGUAUGGGCACAGGCCUUCGUCCGUCAGGCCGAAGUCGUCUCUGUAGGCGUGAGAGCAAACUGUUGGGCGAAUAAAACCAGGUGCGUGUUGCAAUUGCACGUCAGAGAAAAAGGGAGCACAGCCUAGUUCAGAGGUACUCAGUCGGACGCUUCAGGUCGUGUAGAUUCGUAAUGGCAGGGUUUGCUGCUCUAUGUAGAAAAGAUGGUUCAGUGUUUUUAAUCUGAUAAGUGGAAGUCAUGAAACAUUUCCGCAGUUUGCGUUCUGCUCGAGAGGGUGGGAGAAACAGAAAAGCUAUACUUCUUUUGUAUUGUAAUCCUCUGUAAACUACAAACAGACAGAUCUCACUCUCUGAACCGGUAAAGGAAACCAAUGAGUUUCUAUUGUG